UUGAACCUAAUAGAGGCCCGGGUGUCACCACCCCUACAAAACUCAGAGUGACAUCACUGCGCCCCCGCCCAAGAUUCAACUUGACAAGCACCCGACCCGCCUCCAGUUCCUGUUUAGAGGAGUGUGUAACUUACUGGAACUCGGGACAAGGUAAAAACAAGAGACGACACCUCCCCGAGAGGGACCACCGGACCUGGCCAGAGACAUAGGACUUCAUUGAGUAGGAGCGUCCGGUCCAAGCACAGCGGUGUUCAUCUGUCCUCUGGAAACUGACCCAGGAGCAGAAAUGGAGAGAGCAGCAUCCACUCUACUGAUCCUGGUGAUUAUGGCACAUACAGGUCCCAGCCAAGCUCAGGAUGCUGAAACAGAAGCAGUUACUGAGGUAGAUGUGAGCAUAUCAGACACAACUGUCAUCCUGACCUGUCCAUGGGAUGACAAUACUUUGAAAAAAUGGGAUGGGCACAAAUGGAAUGAAGAGAAGAGCUUUGAUGAGAACACCAAAGUGUUCACCUUCAACAGCUUCACUGCUCAUAUGAACGGGCUCUACUUUUGUGAAUCCAAAGGAACCAGUUCAUCCUCCCAUUACUUGUACAUAAAGGUGAAAGUUUGUGAAGGCUGUGUGGAGAUGGACUCUAUGACAGCUGCUGGGGUGAUCAUUGGGGACCUGCUGGUCACUCUGGGUGUUGCCCUCAUGGUGUACUUCUGGGUUCAAAACAAGAAAGGAACAACAAACCUCGGAGCAGGUGGACGGCCAGUCCGUCAAGACCGCCCGCCACCCGUCCCUAAUCCUGACUAUGAGCCCAUCCGUGCAGCCGGGAGAGAAACGUACAGCGGCUUGAACAAGAGGACCUAAGAUUGUGGGCUGAACAUCCCCUCCAUUCCCAACUGAUAUAUCUGGCUGUUGGUCAUAUGUUCUUCUCCCUCUGUCAUCUGCCUAGUGGAGGCGAGGGUCUGCACGCCAUUGCUUCAUUUAUUUUAAAGCUUUUGUCGCCUAAAUGAGACCCAUGCCUGACACGUCGCCCUCAUCCUUCCUCCAACUAUCCCACCCCAUCCUUUCCAACUUGUCCUCACCCUCUUCACCUCUCCUUUUUAUUUACUCCCCACCCAUUUAGUCUUUCUAUCCCACUGUGGUGCUUCUUCUUUGUAUGUAAAGUUCUUUAUGAUGCUUUUUCUUUGUGAAGGGUACUAUAUUUAAUAAAGAUCUAACAUUAUUACACAA